GUGGUGGGAAUCGCCGCGGCGACGUUGGCUUCAAUCGCCUUGUGCUUCACCUUCUUGCCUCCGGUGGCGGGGCAGAGAACGCUCAGGGGGGUCCAGGUAUAUGAGAAGCAGCAAUAGGCGCCGUAUCCCCAUGGUGUGGUUAACUUGUCAGUUUGAGAGUUGCCACAUGUGAUGUGGCAAUUAGAUCAGGAUCAGCUCACGGAACAAUUAGAUCUCAACCGAAAGCGGUGCUCGUCGCCUCCUCCACUCAAGGCGCGGAGGUGGUGUGGGUGUGUGUUUCUGUUCACUCGAAGGGGUGUGUGUUUUAUUCCGACACCUCACAUCAUCAGAGAGAGAGAAGACAAAAGGAGAGGUUUUGGUUGAAACGGGAGAUGUUUCUGUCGUAUCAUUCAUAAAACCAGUUUACCAGGCCUAGACCUUCGCGCGCUCUAUUGGCAUCCUCUUUCGAGUCCGUGCGCGGUGGUGAAUAGCGAUCCACCUCGCGGUCAGUUUGUGACAGAGAUGGGAGAGGUGUGCCAUUUCUUUACCAGGCUGUGACACUGACACAGCGGCCAGAAUGGAUCCAAACACCCGGAAAAUGAUGCUUCUGAUCGGCCUCAACUGCCUCUGGCUCCAAGUGCUUUCAGAGGUGAUAGCUGAUGACAGUUAUUUAAACGAGGUGCAAAACGCAGCCCCUCUCUCCUGUUCGGAGGGUUUUACAGAGCUGGGUUUCUAUAAUGGCUCUGUGUCUCAGACGGACUCUGGCGCCCCCUGCCUGCGGUGGGCAGAGUUUCCAGACUACGUGCUGCAGUACCCUGGCCGAGGCCUUGGGGAGCACAGCUACUGCCGUAACCCUGACAGAGAGUCCAACCCCUGGUGCUUCUUCAGACAGACCUCUGGGGCCAUCGGCUGGGCCUACUGCGACUGCCACCAGGGUGCAGCUCGGCUGGUGGGCGGGACAUCGUCAAGAAGUGGACGUGUGGAGGUGUACCUGAAUGGCCAGUGGGGGGCGGUGUGUGACUCUCAUUGGACAGACAGAGAUGCCAGUGUGAUCUGCAGACAUCUGGGGUUGGGUGAGAUCGGCACUGCUUUGCAACAGUCCAGGUUCGGCUCGGGCUCCGGCCUCUUCCAUUACGAGCGGCUGAGUUGCCGUGGUGAUGAGAGCUCCGUCAGCCAAUGCCAGAGCAGGACAUUUGUUACCGGGGAUUGUAGCCAUGGAAACGAGGCGGGAGUUGUGUGUGCUCCACCAGAAGGCAGUGGUCUUCCUCUACGAUUGGUUGGAGGAGAAGAAUACUUUGAGGGGCGUGUGGAGGUGUUCCACAGUGGUAGGUGGGGCUCUGUCUGCGAUGACCAAUGGGACGACAGAGAUGCAGAGGUGGUCUGUCGACAGCUGGGCUUUGGGGGUGUGGCGAAGGCCUGGUCGUGGGCCCACUUCGGACAGAGCUCAGGUCCCAUCCUAUUGGACGCCGUGAGGUGUACAGGAAAUGAAGUCUUCCUGGACCAGUGUCUUCAUGGAGACUGGGAACAACACAACUGUGACCAUAUGGAAGACGCUGGGGUAUCCUGCAGCCCCUACACAGACGGUGUGGUGCGGUUGGUAGGAGGAGACAGUCCGUGGGAGGGUCGUGUUGAAGUGUUCCACUCUGGGGACUGGGGUACGGUGUGUGACGACCACUGGACUCAACAACACACACAGGUGGUCUGUCGACAGCUCGGAUACAGAGGGCAUGCUGAGGUGGUGACUGACAUAACGUUCGGCGGGGGUUCUGGUAUCAUCCUGUUGGACGAUGUGCGUUGUGAGGGGACGGAGUCGUCCCUGCUGGACUGUCGCCAUGGCACCUGGGGCCGUAGCGACUGUUCCCAUGGAGAGGACGUGGGCGUGCGAUGCAGGGCCGGACCUAAAGAGGAAGAGACCAAUGAGGUGCCGGCUGUUGCACCUGCCACAGGUCCUCUGUUGCGUCUGUUUGGGGGUGGGAGCCAUAACGAAGGUCGUGUGGAAGUCUAUCUCCAUGGAGACUGGGGGAGUAUCUGUGACUCAGGCUGGAACGAUCUGAACGCUGCUGUGGUCUGCAGACAGCUGGGCCACAGUGGUCAUGCGGUAGCAGCAGGUGGGUUCGGUCGGGGGAAGGGUCCUGUCCACCUGGACCAGGUGAGGUGUACCGGGAAGGAGGACUUCCUGGGGGAGUGUCCGUCUCUGGGCCGGGCCCGUGACGGCUGCAGAUGGAGACAGGAUGCAGGGGUGAGCUGUAACCACGCCCCCCGGGCAACAGAGGGCCAGGCCAGGCCAAGUGAGCUCACCUGUGGAGCGAGGAAGAUUGUGGAGGAAGGGAACGAGAGGAAGAGUGGAGGAGAAGGAGAGAAUGUACUCAGGACAUUGUGGCCAUGGCAGGUGUCAGUGUGGUUGGGUUCUGAGGGGAAAGAUGGCCAUCCUAUCUGUAGUGGUACUCUGAUCUCUCCCUGCUGGGCCCUGGCCUCCGCUCACUGCUUCACCAGGUUUGGUAUUGGCCCGUCUCAGUAUGUGGUGCGCGUGGGGGGUUCUGACAGAAUUCUGACCCCGGAGCGAGUGGUGGUCCAUAGAAAGUUCAGAGCAGAUCAGGGCCCUGGGGGUCAUGACCUGGCCCUGCUGAGGCUGCCCAGCCCCAAGGAUCACUGUUUGACCUUUGACCCCCACACCAACGCCGCCUGCCUCCCCACCCCGGAUGCUGCGGGGGGAAAGAACCCCUUGUCCUGCAUUGCCGCGGUUACCGCUGGCUGGGACGGCCCAGACGCUGUGCUCCAGUCCUGGGUACCCCUCCUGACGUCAUGGCAGUGUAAGAAGCGUUAUGGAGAUGGUUUCUCCUCCCACGGCACGCUGUGCGCCGGCAGCCCCCCAGACACACGCCGUCUCCACGGGAACAACGGUUGCCAGGGCAACUGGGGCGGUGGGCUGGUAUGCCAGGGGGAGGGAGGGCGAUGGGUGUUGACCGGGAUCGUCUCCGGGGGUUACGGUUGCAGCGACCCCUCAACCCCGGCGCUCUACACACGGGUCAGCCGGUUCCGAGGCUGGAUCGAGGAAGUCACACAUACACACAGGAGUGGGACACACACACACACACAAUCAUGACCAGUUGAAACAAACACACUGACGAUCAAUCCAUACACACACACACACACACACACACACACACACACACACACACACACACACACACACACACACACACACACACACACACACACACACACACACAAUCAUGACCAGUUGAAACAAACACACUGAUGAUCAAUCCACACACACACACACACACACACACACACACACACACACACACACACACACACACACACACACACAUAUACAUACACACACACACACACAAUCAUGACCAGUUGAAACAAACACACUGACGAUCAAUCCACACACACACACACACACACACACACACACACACACACACACACA